AGCUUCCACAUUUCUUUGAGGGACAUCACCGAUAUUCUAUAUACUGUAAAGAUAUUUUAUUUGUCAACAAAAUAACGAAGACUACAACCAGGUAAAGACUAAUUAAGGGGUUUGUGCAUAUAUAUAUAAGCCCACUGCAGUUUCCCUGACUUUAUACUAAUUUACUUUACAUAACAAUUUCACUAUACAUGAAAACCAGGGAUGGAUCUAGCAUGAUCUGGUUGGGGGGUGGGGGGGGGCUCUGGAGCCGAUGCCGAGUUGUGUCGGUCAUGUGUGCCGCCCGCCCAUCAACUAUUAUUACUCAAAUUACUGUAUCUCAUUUUGUCUUUUGCUUUAUCAUAAAAAAUAGCACCCCCUGCACCCCCCCCCUCUGGCCAGGGCUAGGGGGGGGCGCACCCUCCGCACCCCCAGUAAAUCCAUCCCUGAUGAAAAUCAGGCCAGCCCGAGGAGCAGUUGCGAAAAAUUCAAUCAUACACCCUCUGGGAUUCCGAAUUAUUAAAUGUAUAAAUUUUACACUCUAGAUGGACCUAAUUUUAGAGGUGUGCAUCGGAUCGGAUUGGAUGUUUAUAAUCCCACAGUUGGCUAAUGUUUAAAAUCCGAUCCGAUCCGAAAUUGUGUAAUCCGAUCCGAUCCGAGUUGUGAUAAAGAAUUCCAAUCCGAUCCGAUCCGAAGAAUCCUUUAACAAAAUAAAUUUCUCAUUCAAGUUGAAAUGUUUAACGAAAUAAAUAUAAAAACAAGAAAUACAUGUCAAGAAGCUGACAAAGUGACGUCCAAUUGAAGUAUCAAACGAAAAAUGCAGCGACAACCGCGAUAAUGCUUUGAUAAAUGCAUGGAUAAUUAAUUGUUGCAAUAAUGCGUGGAUAAUUAAUUCAUUUUAUUUCGAAUAUCGAAGUCCGACUACGAAACAACUUUAUCAAUUCGAUCCGAUCCGAAAUGUAUAUUUUUGUUCCGAAAUCCGAACGAAUCGGAUCGGAUUUGCACACCUCUAGGACCUAUUCCCUAAUGAACAACAUUUUGAUCUAUAGACAAGUCUAGACAAAAAUUUCAUCACAGCUUGAAAGAGUAUCACAAAAUUAGUAAUAUUCCGAAGUUUCAUUGCGAAAUGUUGUAAAAUGCGUAUAAUAUAGCCCUGCGAAGUUUGCCGUUUUUCAGUCAUUUUGUAUUACGCAUGGGAAUUGAUACCUUUUUUCAGAAAGCGGUAUCAAUUUCCCGUGCGCAAUAUAAGUGCUCAUAAUGGCCAACAGGCAACAAGAAGAUACGAUGACGAAAAUCACACCACUUGAAAAACGUCAAUUUAUUCAUGUUUUAGAGGGAAUAAAACGAGGAAUAAAAGCUCAGGAUAAAUAACAAUACCUGUGGUUUAGUACAAAAAAAUUUGGGACUGUCAAAAUGUUUUACCGUAUUUUUUUGAGUUGAAGAGCGAAGUUCGCUUUGGCACGUCCAAACAAAAGCAAAAAUCCUCACUUUUUGCUGCAGAGAAAUGUAAAACAGUCGGAAAACCAAGUUUAGAUCCAACCAUAUGGUAGCAUUCCCAUGGAAAAAGUGUUUUUCUUGCAAAUUUUUGCUCCAAAACAAAUUUUUACCGAAUUUUUUAACUCCUCGAAACUCUCCUUAGUUCUUUUGAAAGCUGAUUUUCCCGCGCGUCGGCUUCAACGAAUCAUAGUCCUUUAUCAUAGGAGUUAUCAUUCCAGUUUACUUAUAGUUCAAUGGUCAUCCCAUUUCAUUGUACGAAAUAUUUUCGUGACGACUUUACGCAUGUCUUAGAAGUGCAGUGUUUCAAUUAUAUUUCCUUCAAGUCAAGCAUUGGGUCGUCAGGAAAAUAUUUCAUGCACUGUAUAAAUUGUAUAAGAUUCGGAUCAAUUCCCGUUCACUCGAUAGCUCAAUUUGUAGAGCGGCGGUCUGGAAACCCGAAGAUGCGAGGUCGAAUCCCGCUCGAGGCAACGAAUUCUUCGUUGUUCUCUGCCGUGUCAGUAUAAUAUGAAACUAAUUUUUUACAACAAUUUUGAUUGGAAUAGUUGUUUUUUGGAUAACCGGCACCUUUUAUUUCUUAUGUUGUUCUUGUUCGUGAAGUGGUUUUUAGUAACAAAACGUUCAGGACAAAUUACUAAUGAAAACAUCAGGCCUUAAAAUAUCGGUCGGUCACGGACACUGUCCGACCCAUUCGUCAAAUUGUCCGACGUAGAGAGGAAACCCCCGUGUCCGACCGAACUGUAGCUUUGUCCGACGCUUUCUCCGUGUACGUAAAUCAAAAUGUAUCCUAGUCCAGGACUGGAGAGCCAGAGUAUUGUACAAAAAUGAACCGGAAAUGUUGUUUUUAAUAAUGUCAUCGAGCGCAGGGCGGCGAGCGAAAGGAUUAAGUAGAAAACGGGCUUAAGUUGUCGGAGUCGUACUACUAUUAUUGACAAGCAAGUUAAUCUUGGCUUGGAAAUAAGUAUGAAUGACACAAAUUAUUUAAUAUCUUCACAAUAUUUGUUCAGAAUUAAUACAUUAAGAGAGCUUGGGUACGAGGUUCUACAUUGUGCUGAUAUAGCCUCCUCCGCUGCAGCUAUCUCUUGGGUAACUUACUUUACAAAGUCGGUGAAUUUUUUUGCCUGCAAGCAAAUUUUGCCCGAUAAUCCUAAAGGCGAUGCCUGCGGAAGAGGCUGGUGCUGAUAUUAAUUUGCGUCCUUCAGACUUAUUUAUGAGCCAAACUGAACUGAACUCUGAAGGUCAUCGGACAUCAUCAUACAUAUGUCCGACCCAAACUCGAAGUCAUCCGACAUUUUGUCAGACGGCAUUGUAAAAGAUAUUUUAAGGCCUGAAACAUUAUCUCUGUCCUAUCUAAUGCCUUUUUGUCCAGAGGCGUAGUCAAAAUGGUGGCAAGCCCUCAGCCUUCCUUGGAUACCUAUCUGGCGCCAUCACACUGGAGUGUAUAAAAUCUUGCCAAGGGAUGCACCGGAACUAAUAUUUAAAGUUCCAGACAGGCUACACAAGUUAUACCUUAAAACGCUGGAAUUGAUUUCUAUAGGAAAACGUAUGCCUAUGUAAUUAAAUGGUGCCAUCAAUGUGAUUUGUUCUCUGGAAUCCUAAAGGCCCAUUUACACUUGUAAUUUCGCUGCGAUUUCUAGUGGGAUGCACGUGAACUUCUGAUGCAUGUGAACGAGUAGAUAAGUUAUGAAUGCUUGGAGUACAUGUCUCCUCAUCUGCAUAACUCAUCCACUCGUUCACAUCCAUGAGAAGAAGAAAGUCGCACCUAAAAUCGGGCCUUAAAAAGAGGGUUCCCCCUCCAUCCAAUUUUCAGUGCACUCUAAUUUUGCCCGAUAUCCAGGGCUUCGGCCCUGCAUUUAUUAUAGCAUUUACAUUGAAAAUUGUAUGUUUUUCUUUUAAGGACUCUGAAGUCGUACAAAUACAUAAUGAAUCUAAUGGCUUAUGCUGGUAAAAUAUUCUGGACAAAGGCAUCACUUGAUAUACUUCGUAUUACGAAACAUACCGAAGAUAACACGAUUAAGGUUCGCUGGGCAGCGAAAGGAGUCCCAUGGUAUCAACUGCCGUUUUUUCUGCUAUCUGGGAAACCACAAUCCCUGUUUUAUAGGUAAGAAUUUCUUUGGUUAAUUGAGAUUUACUAUGUAAACCAGAGAA